AUGAAGAACGUCAAACUUGCUGUUUCCGGAACGACCUACCGCUACGCCAUCAACGCCCCGUUCGACAAGGAAAAGCCAUACCUCCUGUUUCUUCACGGCUUCCCAGAUACUUCGUACGGUUGGGUCAACCAGAUCGAAUACUUUACCAGGCGCGGCUACGGCAUCAUAGCCCCAGAUCUUCUGGGCACCGGUGGUACAGACAAGCCCGUCGAACUGGAAGCUUAUAGUCUGAAGACAAUGGCAUCUGACCUUGCUGAACUGCUCGACUGCGAAGGUCUUGACAAGUCUCAGUACCUCUCAGCCCUUGCAUUCUUGGAUAUCGGCUACAACGCCCCCGGAAUAGACGUCAACCAAACCUUCGUGGAGGCUUAUAACAAUAUUUCACAAGCAACAUUCGGCUACCCCAUUCUCGGGUACUGGUACUUCUUCGAUGAAGAUGACGCACACGUCCUUUUGGAUGCACACUUGGGUUCUCUAUACUCUCUCGCGUACUCGUUCAAUGCACCAAAAGUAAUGGCGGAGAAUUUCAACCCGAUUGGUGCACUUCAAGAAUGGCUCGCAGCUGAUAGAAGAGCGGAAUACGGCAACGACUUCAUCACCAAUUCGACUCGCGAGCAAUGGAAAACCAUCGUUCGCGCCCAGGGAGGCGUUGAGGCAAAUCUGAAAUGGUACAAAUCUUACUUGCGGGGUAUCAACUCGGCUGAUGAGAACGAGAUUCGAUCGAUGUCGGGAGUCAUUGAGCAGCCUAGUCUGUUCAUCGCGGCCGAGAGGGAUUCUGUCGGUAUUCCGUCAGAGCAGUUACGGUCUACGCUGCCAUACGCUCCGGGAAUGCAGAUUAGAACUGUUGAUGCUGGCCAUUUUCUUCAUAUUGAGCGAGCUGAUGAAGUCAAUGAGGCACUCUACGACUUCGUCCAGGGUCUUCAAUAG